CCGAAUGCUCAGUAACAAUAUUCUUUGAUACGUGUCGCGGGCGAACGGCGGCCACUCUCCGCGUUCCUUCCGCCCUUUAUGCCCCUUUAUUAAGCCACAGGCAGCGGCAGCGAUGUCUACCCCAGCACGGAGGCGCCUCAUGAGAGACUUCAAACGGUUGCAGGAGGAUCCUCCGGCCGGCGUGAGCGGAGCGCCCUCAGAGAACAACAUCAUGGUGUGGAAUGCGGUUAUAUUCGGGCCCGAAGGAACCCCUUUUGAAGAUGGUACUUUUAAACUUACAAUAGAAUUCACAGAAGAAUACCCAAACAAGCCACCUACAGUUAGAUUUGUUUCAAAAAUGUUUCAUCCAAAUGUCUAUGCAGAUGGCAGUAUAUGUCUGGACAUACUGCAGAAUCGCUGGAGUCCAACAUAUGAUGUAUCUUCAAUUUUAACAUCUAUACAGUCUUUACUGGACGAGCCAAAUCCAAACAGCCCAGCCAACAGUCAGGCAGCACAGCUGUAUCAGGAGAACAAACGGGAAUAUGAAAAGCGGGUAUCUGCAAUAGUGGAACAGAGCUGGCGGGACUGUUGACCUUGCCUAGUGCCUACGAACACUGUCGGGCCAUGCAAAUCAUGAAGCAUUCUGAGUCCUCCUCGUUCUAGCAUCAUCGCAUUAUUUUGCAAGCUAAACUGCUACACUGCUGCCACCCGUUUGAAGCCUCGCCCCCUGGACGUUGAGUCAAAACAGAUGUCGAAGUGCAUGCACUGUACCCAGGGCACCUGCCAAGGAACUUUUAAUUUCACAUUCUUCUAUCAUCAUCCGCCUUUUCCUGAUGGUUUUUCAUACUGUCUGGGCAGUAUCAGGCACAUAAUAAAGGUGUGCUGUAACACAAUGUUAUUUGCAUUGCA